UUGUCAUAGAUGGUUUUGUAAAAAACAUAGGUUGAAUGAGUAAACUUAAAGUAUAGUUUGUAUUUAAAUAUAAUUUAGAUUGAGAAAAAAUCUAUUGUUGUUAACUAAUUUAACUCUUUAUUGUUCUCUUGAAUGGUUUAAAGCGCAAGAAUGGCUUCAUCUAACACCUUACAAAAAGCAAUUGAUCUUGUAACGAAAGCCACUGAAGAGGACAAAAAUAAAAAUUAUGAAGAAGCCUUACGACUGUAUGAACAUGGAGUAGAAUAUUUUCUGCAUGCUGUGAAAUAUGAGGCACAGGGUGAACGAGCUAAAGAGAGUAUAAGAGCUAAGUGCUUACAAUAUUUGGACAGAGCAGAAAAGCUCAAGGAAUAUCUUAAAAAAGAUCGUAAAAAAAAACCUGUGAAAGAUGGUGAAUCAAAUUCCAAAAGUGAAGAUAAAAAAAGUGACAGUGACAGUGAUUCUGAUGACCCAGAAAAGAAAAAAUUACAAGGAAAACUAGAGGGAGCUAUUGUUGUAGAGAAACCACAUGUUAAGUGGAGCGAUGUGGCUGGGCUAGAGGCUGCUAAAGAAGCUUUAAAGGAAGCUGUCAUAUUGCCUAUCAAAUUUCCACAUCUAUUCACAGGUAAACGAAUUCCAUGGAAGGGAAUCCUCUUAUUUGGCCCUCCUGGUACUGGUAAGUCAUAUUUAGCAAAAGCUGUGGCUACAGAAGCUAACAACUCAACAUUCUUUUCUGUGUCAUCCUCUGAUCUUGUUUCCAAAUGGCUUGGUGAAUCAGAAAAACUUGUGAAAAACCUGUUUGAAUUGGCUCGCCAGCACAAGCCAAGCAUCAUAUUUAUUGAUGAGAUUGAUUCCUUGUGCUCAUCUCGUUCUGAUAAUGAAUCUGAAUCGGCUAGAAGGAUUAAGACAGAAUUUCUUGUGCAAAUGCAAGGUGUAGGAAAUGAUAUGGAUGGUAUUUUAGUUCUUGGAGCUACAAACAUACCAUGGGUCCUUGAUGCAGCUAUUAGGAGACGUUUCGAGAAGCGUAUUUACAUAGCAUUGCCAGAAGAGCAUGCUCGUUUGGACAUGUUUAAAUUACAUCUUGGAAAUACAAGACAUCAGUUAACUGAACAAGAUAUGAAAGUGUUAGCAACAAAGACUGAUGGAUACUCUGGAGCUGAUAUAAGUAUUGUUGUUCGUGAUGCAUUGAUGCAACCUGUCCGAAAAGUACAGUCUGCAACACAUUUCAAGAAAGUCUCUGGACCUAGUCCCACUGACCCCAAUUUAAUAGUUAAUGAUCUUCUGACGCCAUGUUCUCCGGGAGAUCCUGGAGCAAUGGAAAUGACCUGGAUGGAUGUACCAAGUGACAAACUUGGAGAACCACCAGUUACUAUGUCAGAUAUGCUACGGUCUCUAGCUACAUCAAAACCAACAGUUAAUGAUGAUGACAUGAUAAAAUUGAAGAAAUUCAUGGAAGAUUUUGGUCAAGAAGGUUAACUUCGCAUCUCAUAUUUACCUAUUUCUAGUGUUAAGCAGAUUAUAAAGCACAGUGCCUAUAUUUUUGCGAGAGCUUUUUACAAUAACUAUGAUUUUAGUUCUUUCAUUACAAUAAUUGUGUUAUUAACAUUUACUUGCUUCUAAAAUAUUGAUAGUGAAAUAAGCACUAUGUUAAUUAAUUAGAAUAUUGGUA